GGGGCGGGGCUUCGGCCGGCAGAGCCGCCGCCGCCCGGGGUCUGAAGAACCUGAGGCGCGGGACCCGGAACCGCAGGGAUUCCUGACGGCGCCGGGCGCGAGAGCGGGCGUGCCCAGAGUGGUGGCGCAGGCGUCUGCCGCCGCCCCUCAGCAGCCGCACGUGCAGGUCCACUCCCUCUCCGCCGGGACGCGGGAGAGCCCGGCGCGUGGCGGGGGCUCGAGGUGGAGCCGGCGGGGGCGGCCAAUGCGAAACUGGCUGGUGCUGCUGUGCCCGUGUGUGCUCGGGGCCGCGCUGCACCUCUGGCUGAGGCUGCGCUCCCCGCCGCCCGCUCGCGCCUCCGGGGCGGGCCCGGCAGAUCAAUUGACCUUAUCUCCUCAGUGGAAAUCUCGUCACUAUGACGUGGUAGUUGGUGUGUUAUCAGCUCGCAAUAACCAUGAACUUCGAAAUGUGAUAAGAAGCACCUGGCUGAAACAUUUGAUACAACAUCCUGCAUUAAGUCAACGUGUGCUUGUGAAGUUCAUAAUAGGUGCUCAUGGCUGUGAAGUGCCUGUGGAAGACAGGGAGGAUCCUUAUUCCUGCAAACUCCUCAACAUCACGAAUCCAGUUUUGAAUCAGGAAAUUGAGGCAUUCAGUCUUUCUGAAGAUACUUCAUCAGAGCUCUCUGAGGACCGAGUUGUCAGUGUGACUUUCCGAGUUCUCUAUCCGAUUGUUAUUACCAGUCUUGGAGUUUUCUAUGAUGCCAAUGAUGUUGGUUUCCAGAGGAACAUCACUGUCAAGCUUUAUCAGGCAGAACAGGAGGAAGCCCUCUUCAUCGCUCGCUUCAGUCCUCCCAGCUGUGGCGUGCAGGUGAACAAGCUGUGGUACAAGCCUGUGGAACAGUUCAUCUUACCAGAGAGCUUUGAAGGUACCAUUGUGUGGGAAAGCCAGGACCUCCACGGCCUUGUGUCAAGAAAUCUUCACAAAGUGACAGUGAAUGAUGGAGGAGGAGUUCUCAGAGUCAUUACAGCGGAGGAGGGUACCUUGCCUCAUGAACUCAUGGAGGGUGCAGAGGGAGUUGCAGGUGGUUUUAUAUACACUAUUCAGGAAGUUGAUGCUCUCUUACACAACCUUCAUUCUCGUCCCCAAAGACUUAUUGAUCAUCUAAGUAAUCUCCACGAAGAAGACGGCUUCCUGGAGGAGGAGAGUAGCGCCUAUGAUGAUAUUGUUUUCGUGGAUGUUGUUGACACUUACCGAAAUGUUCCUGCAAAAUUAUUGAACUUCUAUAAAUGGACUGUGGAAACAACUAGCUUCGAUUUGUUGCUCAAGACCGAUGACGACUGUUACAUAGACUUAGAAGCUGUUUUUGAUAGAAUUGCCCAGAAGAAUCUGGAUGGGCCUAAUUUUUGGUGGGGGAAUUUCAGACUGAACUGGGCAGUUGACCGAACUGGAAAGUGGCAGGAGUUGGAGUACCCGAGUCCUGCUUACCCUGCCUUUGCAUGUGGGUCAGGGUAUGUGAUCUCCAGGGACAUUGUUGACUGGCUGGCAAGCAACUCCGGGAGAUUAAAGACUUACCAGGGUGAAGAUGUAAGCAUGGGCAUUUGGAUGGCAGCCAUAGGACCCAAAAGAUACCAGGAUAAACCUAGCAACACCUCGCAGGCCACGCUGGGAUCAGCUUCCUUUUAUUCAGUUUGAUUUUUAGGAGAGAUGGACAGCAACCACUUCUAAGAGCAGACUUCCUUCUCCCCAGAGUUGGAGACCCUGUAACUUAACUACUUCAUUGAUAAAUGACCAAUGAAACCCAACAAAAGGAAAUAAAUGAGAAGCAACACAUUACACGUGCAUAUAAACAUAUUCUUUCUUAGGGACUGACAACAUCCUGGCUCAAACUAGUAAGAUAAGGUUGUGUUUUGAGAUUCCUCAAACAUGUAUUCUGAGUUUCACUUUUUGUAAAAGUUCCCUUUUUUUCUGGGUCCUGAGAGAGAAAUUCUGGUGCUCUUUGGCCACCUUUCAUAGGACACCUGUGCAAGUUUUUUUUUUUUUUUUUUUUUUGAGACGGAGUCUGACUUUGUCACCCUUGGUAGAGUGCCAUGGCAUCAUAGCUCACAGCAACCUGAAACUCCUGGGCUUGAGCGAUUCUCUUGCCUCCUAAGUAGCUGCCUACAGGUGCCUGCCACAAUGGCUGUUUUUAGAGACGAGGCAUUGCUCUGGCUCGGGUUGGUCUCAAGCCUGUGAGUUCAGGCUGUCCAUCCGUUUCAGCCUCCCAAGUGCUGAGAUUACAGACCUGAGCCACCACACCUGGCCGAUCAUUCAGUGCCAGGCUGGUGCUGUCAGUACCACCUCUACCAACCAGCUCCCUGGCCUGCGACACAGCCUCCGUCUUAGGGCAAUGGGAAAGCAGGACUAUUCUGCCAUAAGAUAACCAGUGACAGAAUUUCUCUAAAUAUUCCCAAGUAUCUAUGCUUUUGUCUAAUUGUGUUCUUAGAAGUGAAACGCUGAACCAUACCUGUCUGGCUGCCUUAGAACCCUCCUUGCCCACUCCACAAGUGACUUAGAAUUCACCACAAGUGGCCAGGAAAUUGGGCCACCUAAGGGAGCAAUUUGAAAGCGAUUCCAACGGCAGCCUUUCCUCCUCAAAGAUACUGUUCAAGCCUGAAGCAUUUAUGCUGUGAACUUCUUGCAUUAGGAAAUAUAUAAAAAGGAAAAUCGCAUAAAAGUGAAAUAUGGAAUAAUGAUGAAAUCAAACAAAAUGGAAAGGACAUCAGGGACAAAGAUUAAUGAACUCUUAGCUUCAAAGCUUGAGGAAGCAGGCUGUGAACCACCAUGCCAACCAAGUGUCAAACCCAGUGGAACACACAGUGAUGCCUGUGGACGAGAGGCUUAGCAACUACACACUCGUGGGAUGUUCAUGUGUGUUAGAAGACUUCAAUUAUAAAAGGGGCUUUAAAAAAUUCCAAUGCUGGGGUAUUUGCGAAACUUGGUAAAUGUAGAAUGUAAAUGUUUUGGCACAGUAACUGAGAUAACGCCGGAAAGGCUAUGUUAACCAGUGUGAUAAAAAUGUGUCAAAUGGUUUAUGAAGUGAGUGUAUGAUGCCACAUAAUCAUAUCAUUGUAUAC